AAUGACAGCAAAGACUACAACUAUGUCUGAUCUAAUUGCAAACGCCUGCAUGUUUUGCCUACUAAUGUUUUGCUUAAUAAUAUGCUUAAUAAUACAUUUGUUCAUUUAUCAUUAUUAUAUGAAGGAUUAUCCAACUUUGGAACAAUGUAACCGAACAUUUGAAUUAGAUGAAAAUUUUGACUUUUAUCAAUGCAAGUGUUUUCGAGACCUCAGAAUUUGUAAAAUCUCGUUAGUAAUUUUGCAAAAAUGUAAGUCUACAUCUCCUGCAAUGGUAUUUAGAAACGAAACAAAUUGUGGGAUGAUGUAUUCUGAAUGCUCUACUGCUGAUAAAUAUAGUUGUAAAGCUGGAAUGUGUGAAUGCCUUAAGUAA